AUGCAUCCCCCACCCAUUGCCCUCGACUGGAACAACAUCGGCUUCAAAGUCCGCGAUGGCAACGGCCACGUAGAAUGCCACUUCUCCCACAGCGGCGGCGGCAAAUGGAGUGCCCCGCAGUAUAUAUCCUCGCCAAACCUGAGCAUAUCCGGCAUGUCCCCGGCCCUCAACUACGGCCAACAGGUGUACGAAGGACUCAAAGCAUUCCGACACCCGGACGACCAAAAAAUAACCGUCUUCCGGCCCGACCGCAAUGCCCGCCGGAUGCAGUUCUCCGCCGAGGUAGUCUCCAUGCCCCCCGUGCCGGAGUCCCUCUUCAUCGAAUGCGUGAAGCUAGCCGUGGGAUUGAACGCUGAGUAUGUCCCGCCUCACGAGUCCGGCGCCGCGAUGUAUAUCCGACCUUUGCUGUUUGGGUCUUCUCCGCAGCUGGGCCUGAGUCCGCCGGAUGGGUAUACGUUUGCGGUGUUUGCGAUGCCGACUGGUGUGUACCAUGGAGCUAGUGCCGUUGAUGCGUUGAUCUUGGAGGAUUUUGACCGGUGUGCGCCUUUUGGUACGGGGGCUGCCAAGGUCGGCGGCAAUUAUGCGCCUGUGUUGAGACAUAGUGAUCGGGCGAGACGGGACGGGUUUGGCAUUACGCUGCACCUGGAUAGUGCGACUAGGAGGGAGAUUGAUGAGUUUUCGACUAGUGCGUUUAUUGGGGUGAAGAGGGAUGCGGAGGGUUCGGUUACGGUUGUUCAGCCGGAUAGUCGCAAUGCGAUUGAUUCGGUCACUGCGGCUUCGGUGUUGGAGAUUGCGAAGAAGUUGGGGUACUCGGUUGAGAAGCGACGGGUCUUGUAUGAGGAAUUGGAUGAGUUUGAGGAGAUUAUUGCGGCGGGGACUGCUGCUGCUUUGGUUCCUGUUGGGAGUAUCACUAUGAAGUCGCGUCGGGAUAGGUUAAGGUAUAAGACUGGGGCUGAGAAGGAGGGUGGAGAGGUUUGUGUGCAGUUGUUGAAGAUGCUUCGAGGUAUUCAAUCUGGGGUUGCGGAGGAUUCUUUUGGUUGGAACUAUGAGGUGCUGCCACCACCCAAGGGAUGGGCCGAUGAGAGCCACGAAAAAGCUGAAGAGAACGGUGCCAAUGUUCCCUAA